AUGCUUACCUUUCUUAAAGUUCUUAAGAAGCAAGAUGAAUUUUGGGAGGAUUCUCACUAUGAGUAUCUCAAACAUGUAUUUAAAGAUGAUAUUCCUUCCUAUUUAAUUGAUUUCAGAUUUCCAAAAGGAAUGCUAGUGAUUACUGAUCCUGAUUUUGUAUUUGAAUCCUUCACUACAAAGAAUAAAUACUUUGAUAAAUUUCCCAGAUCCUAUCAUAUCAAUAAAAAGAUUUUCGGAGAAUCUAUCUUAUUUACUGCAUCAGAUGAAAUAUAGGCACUCAAAAGAAAACAUCUGUCUUCAGCAUUUUACAAGGAUAAAAUGCAAUCAUAGUUAAAUUCAAUCAUUAGUUCAACCUAUGAUAUGGUUCAAGAGACUAUCUAGCAGAUUAAUCUGGGAAAUGAUGAACUAGACUUGAAUCAAUAUAUAGGAAAGCUCAUUCUCAAAUCAAUUUAGAUUUGUAUCUUUGGAGUUGAUGAGCACCUUGAAAUGCUCCCAUUCAAAUAAAAGGGAAAAAUUGAUCAACUUAGUUAAGGGGUUUUCAUGAACAGAAUUUCAGCUGGAUCAAUACUAAGAUCUAAUAACGUUUUCAGGAUUAACUUUGAAUUUCUUGACCACUAUUUUGUUGGGAAGGAUGAGAAGGAAUUGGAAUAGAAUUAAAUAACUAUGAGAAGAUUCAUUUUUGAAAUGAUAAAAAUGAGAAGAGAAAAAAAUAAGGCACUUAAGCCUGAAGAAAUUCACCAUGACUUUUUAAACUUGCUAUUACAAGAUGAUCUCUUUAAAGAUAAUGAUAACUUAAUCAUCGAUGAAUGCUGUACAUUCAUGUUAGCUGCAACUCAAACUUCAACAACUGCGGUUUCAAAUCUGUUAUUCUACCUCACAAAAUAUGAUUCUAUCAGAGCCAAUCUUAGAAAUGAGAUAAAAGACAUUUUUGGCAAGAAUUAAAUGAUAAGCUAGAUUUCAAAAGAAGACUGGCUUUAAAAGCUCAAUCUAGAUGAAAUAUAAAACUAAUGGAACUAUCUUUUUCUGGUAGUUUAGGAAAAUCUUAGAAUUGAACCUCCAAUUAGAAAAUGUACACCUUAGAUUGUAAAAGAGGAUAUUGAGAUUCUUGGAAAGAAAAUACUUAAAGGGACGCCUAUACUAUUUCACUUCUUAGGGUUGUAGAGAAAUGCUAAUGAAUGGCCUGAUCCUUUCUAAUUUAUCCCUGAAAGAUUUGAUCCUUCCUCCAAGUAUUUCUUGACUGCAGAGGGCAAAAAGAGAAAGCCUGGUAGUUUCACUCCAUUCCUUGGAGGUAGAAGAAUAUGUCUAGGUAAAACAUUUGCCGAAAAUAUUAUCAAGUGUGUAGCUCCUUUGAUUAUUUCCAGACUUGAUUUUGAGAUUCUUAAGCCAGAACACAAAUUAAGGAAACCUCCAAAUGGUGCUUUUGCUGAGCCAGUAUACCCAAUGAAAGUCAAAUUAUAUAAACAGUGA